ACGAGCCGAUUAUUUAUAGACUUCACACAGUCCACAGGCCAACACGGUCUUCACACAAAGAGCUGUAUGAUAACCAAAGCCCGCCACACUAACACGAGGAUCUAUCACUGAAUCAUGGGUGCGACAGUAUUAUUCAGAUUCGGUGUCAUUCUCACUCCGGACUCUUCGGACCUGGAGGUGUUCGUCUCGGGUUCGCGUGCGGAAAUGGGCCACUGGGACCCGGGCAGAGCGGUCCAGAUGAGACCCUCACAGAAGCUCCUGUCCCCGCACGAACCGUGUCUGUGGAUCGGCGACGUGCAGCUGGCAGAGCCGGUCAAAGACACACUGUGGUUCAAGUUCGUCAAAAGAGUCAGAGGCACUUACAUCUGGGAAGGCAGCAGCCCGAGCCAUGACAGAUGCUGUUCGUAUGAUGUCAGGAACAUGGUGGACGGAGUGUACUGCCACCCGAUUGGUCACUGGAUAGAGGAAACGGGACACACAGAUGAGAUGAAACACACCACUAACUUUUACUUCAGUGUGGCCGGUCAGAAGGCAAUACAUUUCUCCAGGGUGCUGCCUCGUGUUUGGCUGGGCAGCUGCCCUCGGCAAGUGGAACAUGUGACUGUAAAGAUGAAGUAUGAACUGGGAAUUACUGCAGUAAUGAACUUCCAGACGGAGUGGGAUGUGGUGAACAACUCCUAUGGCUGCAGGCGCAACGCUGGGGAAUCCAUGACCCCGGAGACCAUGAUGCAUUUGUACAAGGACUGUGGCCUGGUGUAUGUGUGGAUACCCACACCUGACAUGAGCACUGAGGGUCGGAUCAGGAUGCUUCCCCAGGCUGUAUUCUUGCUUCAUGGUCUCCUGGAGAACGGUCACACUGUCUAUGUCCACUGUAACGCUGGAGUAGGCAGGUCGACGGCAGCUGUGUGUGGCCUGCUCAUGUAUGUCCUCGGCUGGAGCCUGAGGAAGGUGCAGUACUUUGUUACAGCCAGGAGGCCGGCAGUGUACAUAGAUGAGGAGGCUUUAGUCCAGGCUCAGGCAGACUUCAUCCAGAAGUUCGGACAACUGCAUUCAUCCAUCUCUUACCCAGAGACGUAAGAGUCGGGUGUCCUUAAACCGAACUCUUCAAAUCUGAAUCAGAAUUUACAGUUGUGCAAAGCUUCACUGAACUAAAACUAUUCCUGUCGUGUGGAAAAAAACAUAUUAUACAGUCGGCAUGAAGGGUGCCAGAAGGUGAAAUAACCUAUAGCGAGGAAAUUAACUUCUUUCCACUUAAAUCUAAUGCACGUAAUGACCCACUUCAGCUGAGUGGCUUUUGAAAUCUGGUUGAUCCCCAAGUAUCUGGAGCAGGUUCUGCUGGCUGCCAGCAUAGAUGUUGCAAGCAGUUAAUCCUACUGCGAUGUGUUAGCUUUUAACUUCAGGAAUUACUCUUCCGUUUAGCACAUACAGAUGCAAAUUGUGCACUGGGAGUCAGCUGAGGAUGCUACGAGUAGUUUUCAGUAAAUGUCUGCAGGGCUGUUUGGAAAGACCCUUUUUAUAAAGCCUUUUUUGUAAUGAUCAAUGAAUGCUGUUGACAUUUCAAGAAGGGAAGUUUUAGUUGAUGUAUUGCACAGCAAUUAUUAACAGGAACACGCAGAAAAACUAACAUACUAAAAAGUGAAAUCAGAUUUUUUAUAAAGGGUGAGAUUUCUCACUUCAAGAUGAGAAGGAAGCAAAGGGUUAUUCCACAGUUGCUCUUGUAUGAUUGUGUAUCAAUUUAGAGAAUCCCUUUUUUGAUUUCAGAAGGUUUCCGAUUAUUUUUUUGGAGAGAGGUUUUAAUGCUGCACUCCUUUCCAAAGCAACAUAUCAAUUCCUAAAACCAAAAUAAUGACAGAGAGGGAUUCAGCUCCCAGACAUUGAAGACUACAGCUCCGCCCAGUCUUUCUCAGCUCGAUAGCAUUUCAUCUUUAUUUAUUUAUCUGACAGAUGCUAUUCCAAUCCAUAACAAAAACAACAUCCCUGCCAGCCCAUUUUAAUGCAUACAUAAUAAGACAUUAUUGGAAUACUGUUUGUUGUCAAUUUUGAGUUUCUGCCUAGACUUCUAUUGAGAAUAUAUUGCUAUAUUAAGAUACAGGGUUUUUAUCACCUGUCCCUGAUUUCAAAAAGUUACUGGGUUUCUCCUCAAGCACCAGUCAUAUACCUUCUCAUUACUUUUCACUGAGUCCCUGCAGAAAACAGCACCUUAUGAGGGUGUCAGCGGGGAUGGGUGGGUGGAUUGAAACCGUGUGCUAGCAGAAUCAUCGUGGAUUUCCAAACGUUCUAAAAAUACGCACAAAAACUGAACAUGAAAUGAGUGAAAAGCUUUUCUUCUUUUUUUUUUUUGAAGAAGCAGAGUGUGUACUGGUUUGAGGAGAAUUAUGUCUGUGUAUACAGUGCUGUAUGUGCAUGGGCUCUUGGGUUUGUCACUAAAUGGAUGGCAAUAUAAUUGGUAAACAUGUUGCAUUUAUUCCACUGAGUUAUUGUCACUGAUUGAUGUUAUAGUGUUUGUAGUCCGCAUGGUUUCCAGGAUCUGCCAAUCACCUACACCAGUUCCCCCAGAUUGUCACAUUCAAAUUAGAGUAAGAAUUACAGAGCUCUUGCAACUGUUAAAGAGAUGACUUUUUAUGGUGUAGAACAUUUAUUCCACAAGGAAUCCAUAAAUAAUAUGUAUUCCCAUUUAAUGUGCAGAGAGGACACACAGUCUACCUGUGUUGUACCUGUUGUUUUGGUUUGCAAUCUCCCUGCAAGCCAUCGGCUUGUAUUUAUUCCCUCUGCUCCUUCUUUUACAGACAUGUUCAUUCUGCUGAUUUAAAGCGUCACAGACCCAUUUCUUAAAUUUGCUUCUACAGCACACCGUCUCUUUUAUCCUUAAAUGGAUCCAUCAACUGGGACAGACCUUUUUUUCUCCUGUAAAAUAAAAAAAACUGAAAACAAUAAUGAAAUGAAAUAAACAGAGUGUAGGGUUUUCUAGCUGUGUAGUUUCAGAUCACAGCUCCUUCGCUUCACCCUCCCCUUCUAUGUGCAAAGGAGAAACUAUGGUGGCUGCAAAAUGCAUGAAACCUAGAGCCAGUGUUUGUUUGUCCCUUCUGGGCUGCAGUAGAGAUACGGUGGUUCAAAAUGGUGGACUCCAUGGACAGCGAACUAUGGUGUCUGUAGAUAAAAACUGCUCAUUCUCAGGUAACAACAAUUCCUAUAUAUCCAGGUAAUUAUAUACAAAUGAAAACAUAGUUAUGCAUAUUUUAUUCAAUUUCUGCCAAUAGAGCCUUGAUACACAAUGUCACAUAAUGGACCUUUAAGAUGACCAACCUUUUAUGGUGUAAAUCACACCAUCUAAGCAGAAAGGCUUGAUGAUAAUAAUGCCUUUGUAUGAUAGGUGGACAGAAAAAAUCAAUCAUUCUCACAGUAUCUGAAUAUUCAUUAAUGCCCAAAGGUGAGGAUUAUCAUUUAACAAAGAAAUGCUUUGUAUAGUCCUCAGUAUGCAUGUCCAGUAAGCACCCAAAUAAACAACAUAAGAUGGUGAAUUAUGUGCAGAUUACAAUGAAAUUACUACAGCGAUGUUAAAGAUUUACGUCACCUUUUAUUUUUAUUUUUAGGGUAUAAAACAUUAGGAACUUGCAAAAUAGACUAAGAUUAAAGAUAUAAUAACUUAGUGAUUUCAUGACUUCGGCCAUUAAAACUGCUUCAGUUAUAGUGUGAAUAAUAAUCAUAAGGAUGGGUCAGGUUAGAGAAGAAUCUUAAAUCCUUGCUGGGCUGUGAAGGAUACUCCCACAGCCAGAGCACAGCAGGCAGGUGGGCAGAGGGACUUAUAUUAAAACUAACAGGAACACAUGGUAUUUCAUUGAUUUUAACAGACAAUACUGAUUUUCCACACAUGCUAUGUUGUUUCAAAUUCUGUGCACCAGUGUCAGUUACAGGUAGUGAAUUCAAAUCAGUACAAGUUCAUGACUUUGCCAGAGCCUGAUAUCCGUACAGAGAUGCCAACCAAGAUGAAAGCAAAAUACCAGAGCUGUUCCCGGGAUUUACUGCCAAACUUGCUCAAUAACAUCUACAGAAUGUCUGAAAUGGCAAAUCUCGCUUGCUGUGAAGAUUGUAUCCCUUCAUUGUUAGCAGUGGGGAUCAUUUCUGUCGCUGUAUCAAAGAGGGCAAGUACCCCAGACAGCCCCAUGCAUCCCUGGAUGCCUCAGGAUCAGCAUUUGUGACUGCAGCUGUGACACGCAGGUGCAGAAUGUUAUAAAAGAUCCACCUGAGCAGACUCAUGCCACUGCUGGAAAAUAAAGUCACAAGGGAAAAGAGACAGUCCAUAACAUAAAAAUAUGUACUCUCCAUUGUCUGUGUUAUAUUUGAUAUGUGAUAACUACACAUAUAUAUAUAUUCAAGUCAUAGCCUGCUAAAAGAUAAUGCUGGUGUUGCUUGCGUAUCAUUGUGACGAUAAAGAUGAAUGUGUGCAGUGCAGAAACAUUUUAUUCUGGUCAAAUAUCCACCAUGAUAUCCGCAUAUUCAUGUAGUAUAGUUACACUGAGACAGUAAAACCAUUCUAACCUGACUGAAACAUCUGGGAAGUCAUCAUUGAAAAGGGCAGACACGUAAAAAAUACUGGUGAUGGGAUGUACCAUUUGUCAAUCACCAUCUAUCAUGGGCAAACUUCAAUCAAUCAGAUCAACAAACCAUAUAAUGUAGUCAACCUCUUACUGAAGCCAGUCGGAAGAAGAACAAAAACAUAUUUUCUAUUAAGUAAAGCCUUCAGUGCCAUUCUUUGCUCCUUUCAAUGAAGAAAUACUCUCCAGUUUUGAUAUAACUGAUGCUAGCAGCAUCUAUGCUAACCUCUUUAAUUUUGGUAUCUAUAGCUAAAUUCCCUGUUGAUGACAACUGUAAGGGGGCUGAAUUGUUAUAUGACUUACCCCUUUCAAUUCAGGCCUAAUGUUAUCUAUAAUUAAGGGCAUGGCCGCUCUGAGUAACUAGUGGGCGCCAUCACGUGUGUCCACGUAUUUGCUCAUUUUUGGAUUAGCCAGAAGGCAAUGGAGUCAGGAGUGCCAAGAUGGCGACGGCCAGGGCUGACCACACUUUGAGCUUUACAGCAGCUCAGAGACCACAUCCAUUUUUAAUUAUAAAGUAGUUCCCCAUAGGACGCUGUUUGGUCCAGUUGGUUUUGACAAGAGCGCACAGCUCGAAGCCUGACAAGAUGGAUUCACGCUUGAUCUGAUUUCACGAUCUUGCGAGUCAGGCUGCCCCGCAAGGUGAACACAUACCUAUUAAAGAGAAUAGAGCAAGCUGACUGGUGCACCAUAUAUUGCAAUACAUUCUUCACAGGACAUUUGCUUAUGAACUAUAAAAUAAUCAAAACCAUCAACAUUAGAAAGCUGCUCCUGAACAGACAUUUAUAGUGCAAGUAGGAAAACACAAGUCAAACUGUGUAUAUCACUCUACAUUAAAAGUAGGGAUGGGAAUCUCUAGAUACCUCAUAAUUGUUUUAUAAUCCCACCUAUGGUGCUGGAAUUAUUGAUGCAUCUUGAUGCAUAAAGGUUUUUGAUACAUGAUUAAUUUCUCACUGUGUGACUCCUUGUUACUCUUAAAAGCAAAAGUGUGGGGGGGAAGUCCAAAUUUCCUUUUAUUGAGUUUUCUGCAUCGAUACAUAAUCAUUCAAGCGAGAAUGCGUCUACAAAUUGCAUCUAAAAAUUGGUUUUUAAUAUUUCAUAUUUUAUGGCUAUAUCUCACCCGUUGCUUCAUUUCAUCCGAUAGUUCAGUAACAAAGCUGCUUUCAGUAACAAGCUAGACUCUCAGUCCACAUCUCGCAAAGGCUCAUUAACGUCCCUCUGCUUUAUUUUGCAUAUCUGUAAGAUGGAUGAGCACAGCUAUUUAAAGUCAGCAAGGCACACUCACAACAAGACAUUAUUUGUUUACUUUCUGUAUUAGAUAUAUUAUCAUCUAAACACAGCCAGACAGUCUAUUCCAGAGAGUGAAUUGUGUUUUUGUCCAAUAAGCUUUUGGUCCUCUAAGAUGCAUGAUAUUUUAAACAUGAACUCUGCCCUUUGAAUCGUUUACUAUUCAUCUUCCAUGCAGUUCUAUUAGCUUGACCAGUCUGCACUGGGCAUUCAUUCAUCAUAGAGAGGAGUAAAGCCUUCUCACCUGCACAUACAAUCCCACAAGUCACACAUUCAAAGAGCCACAAAUGAUUUAUAUUCAUCACGCAAGUCUAGGCACCCCUGGUCAAUUUACUUAAUAGAUUCCAGCCAUACCAUUUGCAUGGUCUAGGCUCACUGUGUGCUUAAGAAAAAUCCAGCAAUGAAGACAUUGCUUGUGACUUUGCUCCCGGGCAGAACUCCAGCCACCCUGGCAGGUUCUGACUGUGAAAGGAAAAGUGAAGAGAUGCAGUUUGACCAAAUAGCUCCAGAUUUACAGGCUUAUUCCACCAUGUGUGUUUCAGUAGCUUGCACCAGCAGCCAGAGGACAUGAGGGAGGUUUAUCUAUGCAGUUAAAAAACAUCUGACAGUGAGGCAUUCUGUGCAAUAAGACCAGAUAUGAGUAAUGCCAGACAGUUGGAAAUACAGUAAAAAAUGUCAAUAAAUCUGGGAGGCGCAGUGUUACAUUGUUAAAUAAAUCUGAGAGAGCGGGGCGCCCAGGUAGCUCACCUGGUAGAGCUGGCGCCCCAUGUACCACGGCUGAGUCCUCGCUGCAGGGCCCAUGGGUUAGGGAUGGGCGGAUCGAUCCUAGGGGGUCGAUGCUUCAAUAGUCACAAGCUACUCAUUUGGUAUCGAUUCCUUUUAUAAAUCAUUGAUGGUACAAUUACCGGCAUAUAAAUCAUUCAUUAUUUUAAUGAUUGUGCCAAAACAGCCCUGACAGUAUGUGUCACGUGGCUGUGGAAACCUAUGAGACGUGAGAACCGAGUGCGUAGCCACAAACAAAAGGGAGAAAGGAGAAUGACAGAAAGGAAAUAUAGAGUGGUGUGGUGCUACUUUUCACCUGAAAGUGUCACACAGCAGUAACAGGAGUAACCUCUUCAGAUACUUGACAAAUUGUUGAACAAAAUCAAGAAGAUCAUCACCCGCUGUCCAACAUAAGACGUUGCAGGAGAGUUUUCAAAGAGUAUAUCCAGGUCGUCCUCUCUAUCUUUCUCCCCCUUUCCUGUCUCUCUACAGCUGUCACUAUCGAUUAAAGGGAAUGAAAAAUAUAAGAUAUUAAAAAAUAAAAUAAAUAAAUCAGAGAUUUCAAGAUGCUCCCUGCCUCCAAUAUGCCAGUAAGUACCCCACCCAUGAAUUCUGAAGGUUUUACGCGUCUUAAAAAAGGUGGUUGCUAACAACUGGCUGAAAGUGAUUAAAGAUUUAAAAGGUCCAGUGUGUAACAUUUAGGGAGAUCUUUUGCCAGAAAUAGAAUAUAAUAUUCAUAGGUAUUUUUUUGUAUAAUCACAUGGAAAUGUUGUUGGCUGUUUUUAUCUACAUAGUCCAUUAUGUGGAACCACCAUGUUUCUACAGUAGCCUAGAAAAGACAAAUCAAACACUGGCUCUAGAUAGAACCUUUUGCAUUUUUUGCCACUGUAGUUUCUCCUACACGCUUGGAAGAUGCCACUAAAUCCUACACACUGACCCUUUAAGUACAAGUUGGACGUUUCAUGGUUGUUACCUUGAAGUGAUCCCACCAUGGUGUAGUUUGUUUAUAGCAUUAACAUUAUUCUAAGAUUUUAAUACACUAGGCUUAAACAACUAACAAAAACAACUAAAACAUUGUUGGUUUUGGUAUAACAAUAUAGAAUAUCUGCAGCCUUCUCCUUUAAGUGUACUGUGUGUUAUUGUCUUUUUCUGCAGGUCAGAUCAGGAUGCUUUUUGGGCUGUAUUCUUGCUUCAUGGUCUCUUGGAGAGCAGUCAAUGUUCACUGUAACGCUAGAGUAGGGAGGUGGACAGCAGCUGUGUGUGGCCUGCUCAUGUAUGUCCUCGGCUGGAGCCUGAGGAAGGUGCAGUACUUUGUUACAGCCAGGAGGCCGGCAGUGUACAUAGAUGAGGAGGCUUUAGUCCAGGCUCAGGCAGACUUCAUCCAGAAGUUCGGACAACUGAAGUUUUCAGUUGUGGAAAGCUUAACUUGACUGAAUGUUUGCUUAUUAAAAUGAUUCCAAAUAUACAUAAUCCCUGCAGCACUCUAUUCUGUGUAGACACUUAACUGCAGCAUUUUCCAACAGGUUUUGCUUGUUGGAAAAUAAUCUACAUACCUCACCACACUGUAGUAGUUCAGCAGAAUGCUUUUGCAGACGCCAGACAGUGUCAAGCAACUUAAUUUUAUAAAUGUGAUCCAAGCUGAGGUGAUAGCAAACUUCAAACAGUCUGGUGGAAAUGUUAUAAGUUACGAGAAAAGUCCUCUUAAGCAUUAAGAGACCUCAAUCAGGUUUCUUGCAGUUUUCAGUCAUAUAUUUGCAAGCAUUCUGUUAGCUGGGUAGUUUCACUAAUAUUGAUAUGUAAGGAUUUGAAAUCAGUAAGUCAAAGUACAGACAAGAUGAGAGGGAGCCGUCAAAAUAUAGUAUCCACUAGUUUGGGGGAUAAUUUAAGCAGCCAACAUCUACUAAGCUGGUCUAUUGGCCAAGUGAACUUUAAUGCAUUAUUUGCAGCCUGAGUCAUUCUCAGGCAGUGCCCUACUGAUAUUCAAUAAUAUUCAGCCUUUGUCCCUGGGGCACCAUAACAAUAACUGGGCUGAUAUAUGCGGACUUGAUAUUUCUCAUGCAGACUGUGUGAAUACAAUCAGAAUAUUGUUUACUGCUAUAACACAAAUACUAUGCACUCAAUUAAUAAACCCUUGGUGGGCUUUUGCCUUUACCUGGGGAGGAAUUUCCCUUUUUUACAGAUAUAUUAUACCACAAACUUCUUUAAAUAACUGCAAUAGGUGGAAUUUGUCACACAUUACCUAUUCAUAUUCAUCUAAACUUUUGCUCAUUAGUAAUCUAGUGAGUGUAGGCAUAUACCAGGUGUCAUGCUACAAAGCAAACAGCAACAUGAAAGAAAGGGAAAUGACUGGCAUGUUUGUUUUUAUUUGAAUUAAUAUUAAAAAGGACUUACCUAUUGAUUCUAUUGUAUAUGAAUAUCCUGUCAGACUGUGAACAGUGGACCCAAAUAAUCUAAUAACAAUCAACUUGACAGUUUAUUUCCUUAAUGGUUCAGUUUUCAAUCACCUGAGGUUGUCUGCCUCUUCCAGAUUUCUCAUAAUACCUGUAUUUGAUCUAAAACAUAUUCUCUGUGGAUGAAAGGGUUUGCUUAGCUGGAUUUUUUGGGCUGAUAAAUGUAGCCAAAAGUCUGUGAAUCCUGUGCACGAGUUGUGACAAGACUAAUCUUGAUUGCUUACGCUCUCAUUACAUGCAUGUCUGAAGUUAUUUAAAGUAAUGGCACCAGACUGUUGUUUACUGUUGCUGGACUGCAAAAAGAUCUUUUAAUUUCACCACACAACUCCAUGCAAUAUAGAUGAUUGUUGGUGGUUGUAAUGAUUGCCUCCAUUUAUGAUACUCAAGCACUGCACUCAAUUUAAGCACAUUACUGUUCAUCACAGAGAAAGGAAGAGUGGUGGGUGAGGGAAAACAAGAAAUGGAUGAAGUAAGUCAUUUCCUUUGACAAGCCCCCACCACAGUCAGUCACUGUGCCCAUGUACAGACUGGCCUCCUGUAAAACCCAUUCUUGCUGUCAAUACCGCUGUUGUUCUCUCCAUCUUCCACGUUGCCACUGACAUUGAUCGGUGUCAGCAAGAAAGAUUCUGAUAUGAACAAGGGUGGG